AUGAUAACCUGUCAAUUAAUGAAUAUUUUUUUGGAUUCUAUGCUGUUACUUCCACUACUUCAUAAGGUACUUACAGAUUUUUUGGUCCGUUUCCAGUUUUCAUUUUCAUACUGUUGUGGUUUUUGCACAGAUGGUGCGUCCAAUGUUAGCGGUGUACUCAACGGGCUUCAAGCUCGUGUAAGACAAAGUGAACCAAAAGCUGUUCAUAUUCACUGCUUCGCACAUUCUCUAAAUUUAGCAAUUCAGGAAUCUAUGAGUAUUGUUCCUGAUAUCAGAGAUGCUUUAAUUGUAUUUAAGGACAUAAUUAAAUUUGUAAAAGACUCACCUAAAAGGGUAGCAGUAUUUAAAGGGUUUCAAGCAGAAUCUGAUACUAAUGUGGGAUUAAGACCUUUUUGUCCUACAAAAUGGUACAUAAGAGUAAGUUUUGUUGAAACUUUGGAAAAAUUAUGA